AAAGCUGAACACACCGCAGGCUUGCCAUGUUGCGUCUGGUUUUCUUCUUUGUUAUAUCGGGGCUGUUCCCACACGACAGUCAUUCUACCGACAACUCCUUCCACCACAACGUGGACUUCACAACUGACGACAACGGAGAACGGUUCAAGCUUCACAGUUCUGGUGUCCUCAGUGAUGUUGUUGAUCUUGAUAGUGUUGUUGGACUAAAGCGCCUCGUGUGUGUGGAUGACAGGAUCCUGUUGGUGACCACCCAGAAGGAUGUGGGCAGGGACUGGAGAGUGGGUCAGCUCAUCCUGGGGAGCACAUCGUGGAGGUGUAAUGCGUCACAGGGAUCUGGUGGAGAUGGGAUCUAUGCUAAGAUCUCCAGCAUCUACUUUCCUACUGAAUAUCGUAUUUCCAUGCACAUUGUCUCUGCUGGGCCUUAUGACAUGAUAGAGGAAGCCAACAUUCACUUCCGCUACAGCCCUGGACGAUCGGAUCUGCCCGUUGAAACCAAGCAGCGUCAUCGCCGUUACCUGUCGAAUAUCCUCACCAAAAUACUCGGGAAUCUCGACUGGCACGCCAAUUUCUCAACCAGAAUACCCUUCAAUAAACAUCAUAAUCAAAGCAGUGCCCCAGACAAAUACUUUGCAGUCCACAAGACCUCAGGUGCGAGACAGGUAAAUGUGACAUUUUCUCCGUCGCAAGAAGACCUUCUCAUGCUGAAGGAUGACUUCACUGUGAGGUGCAUGGAUUGUCAUGGGGGAACAGACAUGUCAUAUGUGUUUGAACUACUCAUAAAGAAGGUAAACAACAAGCCGAAACUGGUGAAAUACAUUUCACAGCUCGAAGGUGAAUCCCAACUACGGGCUGAUAUUGAAGUAGAGUUCAGCCAGGAGAUGGGUGUGAACUAUACAGCACCCUUGUGGGAGACUGGUCCGAUAGAACUCAUCCGUAUACCCGUGGCUGUAGUCAGGCGACUACCUCCAGUGGAGCUAUCUCUUGCUUACAACACACAAGCUCUGGCAAGUGUCUUUGGUUACUCCAGAGGGUCUGGUAGAGGCAGAACAGGGUUCAGAGCAAGUGGCAGAUAUACAAUAUCGCAGCAGUUUGAGGCAUCGUCAUCGCUACACGGAGACAUAACAUCUCAGGCCUGGACAUCGGAUGGACAGGACACAGUAGAGAUGGCUGUUCCUGACACAUUCAACGUCACCGUCGAUGUGUUCCAGAAGAUUUUCUUCAACGCCUCUGUUUCCUGGAAAGUAAAGGACGUAACCAUCAGCCUGUACCCUCCAAUGGAAAUAAUAGUAAAGCCAAGCAUGAAAAUGGAAUCUGUCAUUACUGGACUUGAAGUAUGCACAGAAGCGACACUUGCAGUAGAUGGAUUAUUCUCUGUUGAAGAGUCAGUUCUUUCCGUUCAAGCAUUUGGAUUGAGCAUAUGGGAUGUUAUGUUAAAUCCGAAGAUCACGAAAAGAGAGACACUCACAGAGUCCAGUCUGUCCCUGACAUGUUUGGCCCAUUGUGACGGUCCUGCAGAACUCGGGCCUCCACUCACACAGGGCCAGGUGUGUGGCGAAAUGACUGACAGGGUUGAACGGGGAAGCAGUCUGUUCAACAAGUUCGAGGUUUUGGAAGGAACGGACAUUGUGUUUGCUGCUGAGGAAAGUGCUCUUUGUGAACUGACGCCAUCAGCAUGUUCUGUAUGCAACAACCAUUCAGCAAGCAACUGUUCAAGUAGAUAUGUGACACCUUGUCUUGCCCGUGCAAUCACUAAACUGAGUCACAUGGUCAAAAUAGAGUGGACAAAAGCAACGCUCAUAGUACUCGCGGCCUGGGAUGAGCCAAGCCCAGCCUUUCCUGAAGGUCACCAUGGAAACAGUUCACUCCACUAUGAAGGCAGAGCUGCUGUUGUAACGGUGACAGGAGUUCCAGCCACCAACACCGUUGACAACACGACCUUUGACAGACUGGGUUCCCUGUGCGUCUGUUCUGGAUUCGACUAUGUCAGCAUCAACAGAGACCUCGCUGUUGUUCACGUUGCGAUGAAGGAGAAUGGCGUGAUGAACAUGAGUACUGAAAGAGCAAUGUUUGAAGAACUUAUAGCUGACGAUGGGGAUGACGAUAGAUUCCAAAGGUGUGCGUUAGAGGCCCCUACUCUGAAUGUAGGCGACACCGUACCAUCCGGAGAAAGCGUGGAUGAAGCAUGUGGGCCUCCUCAAGGUGCUCUGAGCAGGUUGAACUCAGAAGAUAUGCAAAGGCUGUAUCACUACGAUAGGAAUGAUGCUGUGUUCAGGCCUGAGGGGAGUUCCAGCAGUGUUUGUGGAUUCUCCACCCGAAGAUGUAGAACACCAUGUCUGCCCUCCAUGAACCAAACAGAACCUUGGUCAUACUGUAGCACCCGGCUAAUGACUGCCAGGAUGGCGCUCAAACUAAGACAACUCGCUAAACUAGCACACGCAGAAGGCAUAGGCGUGAACGUUGAAAGGGCAUUUACUGAGCAGUCAGACACGCCACCGCACUUCAGUGAAGGAAGAUCCUGUACGCCCUUUCUUAGACAGCAGAUGAGGGGUUUAGGUGUCGGGUGUCACCGAGAUCGACUGUAUGUGGAUAUCAGACCUCUUCAAGUUUGCAAUGAAUUAAACUACAUCACACUAUGGAACACUAUGGACACUACCUACUACAGACAGAUAUUGGACAUACAAGAGGAGUUACUUCAGGGUGGUCCUGUUAUCCAUCCUUUUGACAAAGGGAUCUGCGAUAUUCAUCCUCUAGGUACAGUGAAACAAUACCUCACCUUCCAGUUUCAUCAAAAUGGACUCUGCUCCACGACAGAGCAGCCAGCAUUCUGCAAUCAGACUUUACCAUUCCGCAAAGAAGAGGCUAGGAAGUUGCAGGAGCGGAUGACUUCAGCUGCUGGAUUUGGUCGUCUGCCCAGAGCGGACCUCAAUCCGGACAUACAGAAAUGUCUUGUUGAGUUAUGCGGGGGAUGUCCGGCGACAGGUCCGCUGUGGGAUGAGAAAGUGAAAGCGUGUUCAGUGGUUGUGGACAAGUUCAUCAACCGAGCAACCAGAGCGUUCCCUGAUCUGACAGACCGGGCGACCUUCUUUGACACCGAGACGGCAGAGUCCAGCGUCCACUCCCUCGCCUGUCACGAUGGCAACAUAUGUGUUGAAAACAUUCAGCUGUACUCUUUGUUCAUGCCGUUGAUGACGUCACGAUAUUCAACAGAGCCUUCGGGCAGUAUCGAGGUUUUGAUGUUCAGCUCCGAGAAGAAUCCGAUGCCAUUGAUGGAACUGGUGGAGCAAGAGAUGGCCAACAGGGCCGCGGGCAGGGUUCGAAUCUACAUAGAUCACCAGGAGCAUGUGAAAAACUUGAAAGGGAUUCUGAAGGUUCUCAUGGUCUACAACAAGAACGUAUCUGAAGUCGAGUUCCAUGUCUAUGAUGACCUUGACAUUGAUCUGAUAACGGCUGACGUGCAGCGCAACCUGGACGUGUGGGCAGGUGACACGUGUUCCGAUCACAGCAGAUUCGCAAUAUCACCCUUCACAUUUCACCAGCUGAGUCACUCCCGGAGGAAGAGAAGUCUGGCAAGGAGUCAACACAGGAAUGAGGCUCGACAGAAAAUAUUCGACUGGGAGAUGGAGUGGAUGAUGAAGCUUUUGUAGUCCUUGAAAACAUUUUGAUUGAUUAUUGCAGUCAGAUUAUAUUAAAUAAGAAUCAAACUAAAAGAACAAUUUAAUGUCAAACUCAAGGACGUGAUAACGUUUUACCUGUGUAUUCUCAACCCCCUCCUCUUCCUUCUCUUUAUUAAUGAAUUUGCAACAGAGCUCUACCAAUCAGGCAACAAUGGAAUUUUUGUUACUCAAGAUAUACACGAUUUUGUUAUUACUAAAUUGUUUGCUGAUGACAUCGUCCUUUUUGCUACCAGUGUAAUAGGUCUUCAGCGCCAACUUAAUAUCCUG